AUGAAUCAACGUGCAAUUGCCCUUUGCCUGACACUCCUGGCACUUGGUGUCACAGCGGGUCCAACCCCUGACCAACCUGCGACAGGGAAGGAUGCUGAAGUAUUGUUGACUACCGCUUCUUCCGGCCUCUCUUCCGAAGAGCCGACAGAACAGUCGCUAGUCGAGACCGUGUCUACGUUCACGCAGCCUUCUGUCGAAGACAGUCAAACGGAAGUGUCAUCAUCAUCUUCAUCAUCGUCAGCUUCUCUGUUAUCGUCACCGGCAUCAGUAAACGUGCCUGUGGACGAACCGGCGCAAUCUAUGGCAUCGUCUUCGACGCCCUCGAAGGUGGCGUCAGCAUCAUUUCCGUCACCAACACCAUCGGAAGCGCCACUAAUGGCGUCGAGCACAAUUGUCUCUAGUGGUCAAACACCCACAGGCGAGGGUUCGGUUUCGGUUAGCGCCGCAGGAACCCUGUCGCCGGAAACAAUAGCAACAACAGAAGUUCUCACGGAUGCACCGCAGCCGGUGGAGAGCAGCACAAGUACGGUUGCUGAUGGCACUCCGGAGAGCGAUAGUGACGAUAAGAAAGCAUCUGACCUCGAGCCAGAGAGCGAGACGCCGGUGAUUAGCUUCGGCAUUCGAUUAUUCACGGUAGAGGUGGCCACCGGUACGGAGCGUGCAAGUGACGAUCAAACAGACCUGUCCAAUGCAACACAGACCCAGGAAAAUGUUACUAGCAAAAACGUGGCUUCUAAUGAGGAUGGCGCUGAUCUGGUAGACACUACUGUAUCAUCGGUCGCUUUGUCUACCAGCGCUGGCACUACCGAUAGCUCAAGGAAGAUACACGAGCAGGAAAGUGCGGAAGGUAGCGCCACAUCCACUACAACGAACGGUCAAUCAACCGUUACGAUCAAUACGCAGGUGAUGAGCAAUGGAGCUGCCGGUGGGGCAUUCGAGUUUCCCGAGGACGCACCAGAAGAUGCUUUCUCCAAUGAGAUACACGUCGAACGGAACUUGAAAAACGGCCUUUAUCGAAUUAAGAUAGCCGAAAUAACGACGGACGAGUUCGACAACGGGCUGCGCGAGAACGAUAACGAAAAUAUGCUAAUGACGGAUACGAUGGGUUCGCCAGGGAACCGCCAUCUACCUUUACACAAAUCUGUCUACCCCAGCAAGAUCAAUAUCGACGAUUUUUACCCUUCCAAGCUGGAGGACUUUAAACCGGAGCAGGCGCAGCAGCAGUCAAGUGCCGACGUGGAAAAACGACUGCGGGAGAAAUCUAUUUUGCGAAACGAGGAUGGCGAGAGACUGUUCGAGUCCACCAUCAUGAAGCCCUCGGACGUGUUGCCUGUACUGACGACGACCGAGGGAGAUGAGAAGGCUGGACAGUUCCAGGAGCAACUUUUGGGCGAUGGAAUGGAACGACCCUCCAAUGUUGGCACGGUGACAAGCGCCAGCAGUAGCAGCAUCGGUCCAGUAAACAAUGCGACCGGUCAGGAUGGUGGAGACAUCUCUACCACGAAGAUAGAGAUCGAACUAAUCGAUGACACGUCGGAAACAUCGGCAAGCGACGAGCGCAGCAGCAAACCGACCAUAGACAACAUCACGGAAAAGCUGGAAGAGAAUGACGAGGUGAUUAGUCGUAUCGAAGAAAACUUCAAGGGCUUCCGGGCAUUCGAAGGUACCGCCGGCGGAGACGACGAGGAGGAGUAUCGCGAUGCAAUGGAUGGUCGAAAGGACGACGAAGUAAUCACAAUUGCCAUCUCAUCGGUGACGUUUUCUUCCUCGCAGCAAGACUCUGCCCAAACGUCUCCUCCUCCGUCAUCAUUCGUGCCAUCGUCAACGGUGGCCGGUACCGAACAACAGCCUAACGACGAAGAGAUCGGUGUCCCUGUCAGUGGCAGCGAUAUCGUCAAAAACGGUUACGGCAACCUGUUCAUACCUCGACGUGUCAAAAAGAAUGACCCCUCGACCGCUACGAAGCUAGCCCAGCUGGGCAAGAAUGCUCCGUUGAAGAAGAUUGACUUUGCCGCCACCAAAUUUAACACGGACAACAAUGGUCCGGGUGGCGUGUCCGAUUCUGCUGACGGAAGCAAGAAGGAUAAACCCGAGUUCUCCACAACAAAGUUCUACAACAGCAAGGAACUGUACAGUGAACUGCAUCAUCAAGCGCUGGUACCGAACAGAACGCAAACGGUUGCAAAGUCCAAAGCAACCGCGGCCAUUCUAUCGGAGAAGGAUAUUAUUACCGCAAAAACAAUGUCCAAACCAGCGCAAGCUAUUUUGGCAGCCUCGUCCAGGAAGUCGUCCAGAGCGCAAGCAGCUACGACCGUCGGGGCAGAUGUAACUGGAGCUAAGGGUGAUAUCAAGCAGCAUACCUUAAAGACUAACUUCGUGCUUAACGAGGAAACGGUCCCAAUUGGGGCGAGGGUCAGCAAAUCCAGUACCGCCAGUGCAGCGGAGGAUUUGCAACAGAGAAAGAUAAAGUCGCUCGGUUCUGCUGCAUCGGCGAUCAUUGCUGCCACGGCAAAGCUAGCCAAACCGAACCGUACUUCCACGACGAGCACGACAACUACAACGGUGGCAGCGGUUGCAUCAGCUGCGACAACUGCGACGGUGACAUCGGCUCCAGUUUUGACAUCGGAUGCAGGCAGUAAUGAUGCCAACCGUGUCGGUGUGACGUCUGCCGCAUCCAGCAGAAUCGAUGAGCUCGUGCAAGCAUCGACGAGCGUAGCGACCAAUGAGCGCCUGCUGUCGAAGCCAUCUGUAGCACUGUCCCGUCUGCACGAGAAAAUUAAUACGCUCGAUUGUGAAAUUCAAAGCAUCGCACCCGAUUCGAGCGUCUGGCGCGGUAACGAAACGCACGAACUGCAGCUGCCGGCCAUGACACCUGAAGAUUGUUCCGCGGGCUCUAGCUGCACCCCGACCACCAUUUCCUGGGAGGGAACGGCCGAUAUUCAAUCGGGCGAUGUGCUCAUCGUUGAAAUAGACGAUCAUCAUUUGAUACCCUCGAAUUACAACAAGUCCACGGAAGGCGCCCAUCACACGACCACCGCCGUUUAUCAAGUUACCCGGCUCGGGCACGAGAACUGCGACAUUACCGAAGGCGUCCUGCUCGACAUCACACCGCUGGUGGCCGACGGCAAGAAGCUGGUCACCCUUUACGACAAGGAUCUGACGGAGGGAAUUAAUCUACUAAUUGUCGUCUCCGAGCAGUGGGGCCAACAGUGCGUCCGCCUGAAGGUGACCGUCAAGUCUGACAAUUGUGGCGAAAAUGCUGACUGCUCCGGAAAGGGUGUAUGCUACUCGAACAACUCCAUGGAGGGAUACGAAUGCCAAUGCUGCAGUGGAUUCGCCGGCACACAUUGUGAGGAGAUUGAUGCCUGCAGCCCAUCGCCCUGCACGAACAACGGAAUUUGCGUCGAUUUGUCACAAGGACACGAAGGCAACGCUUAUCAGUGUCUCUGCCCGUACGGCUACACUGGCAAAAAUUGUCAAUUCGAGUCGGAUCCAUGCAAUCCAUCGCAAUGCCUGAACGGUGGUACCUGUGUUGGGAAUUCGACACAUUUCAGGUGUGAUUGUACUUCCGGCUAUACAGGGCCACUGUGCCAGCACAACUUGAACGAAUGCGAAUCAUCACCCUGUGUGCAUGGUAUCUGUGUCGAUCAGGAGGAUGGAUUCCGCUGCUUCUGUCAACCAGGCUUCUCCGGAGAGCUGUGCAACUUUGAGUACAACGAAUGUGAGUCCAAUCCAUGCAUCAAUGGCGGCCAAUGCAUCGACAAUAUCGGCGGAUUCUCGUGCAAAUGCACCCGAGGCUACACGGGCAAACGAUGUCAUAUCAAGGUUGAUUUUUGUGCCAACGAUCCCUGCCCGGAUGGCCAUCGGUGCAUCGACCAUGGCGAUGAUUUCACCUGCGAAUGUCCCGGCGGACGCAACGGUCCGGAUUGCAAUCAGGUUCCACGAACGCUGUGCAACGUGAACCCUUGUGCCAACGGUGGCACCUGCUGGACAACGGAAGAAUCAUUCUACUGUGCCUGUCGUCCAGGAUUUACCGGCAAAAUGUGUGAAGAAAACUUCGUCAUCGAUACAAUGGUAAGCUCCAGCGAGAUGCUGUCCGACACGCUGGCCAAUCAGAACGGGCUGCGUGCCAUUAGCGGCAGCACGAUGUACGGGGACGACGGUGUUGUAGCACAUACCGGCAAGCACAACAGUGCCAUCGAGCUACACAAUGCGUACAUUGCGGCCGGGACGCUGGCUACCGCCAUUUUGAUAGUGGCCAUCGUGGUAACCGCAUGUCACUGCAAGGUGCACCAGAGCUACCGACACUUCGCCACCAAGCACCGUCAGCUGAUACCCAUUUUCGGACGUCGUGCGAAGCCUGCCAGCACCAAUCGCCACUGGCUCAGUGGCAAAGGCCAUCAGCAGCAACCGCACCACCACCAGAGCCACACGAACCCGAACUACAAUUACGCACACCAGCUGCCCAACUCGUACGCCGGGCUCCAGCCCGAACGGAUAAUCAACAAACCAUUGCCGAUGAAUUUGGAGAACGAUAUGUACUACACGGUGGACUUUGGUGAUUCGCAGAACGCUCCGUUGAUACAGUAAUGAUGAGGAGCGAAACUGGUGGGGGAGGGGUUGGAAAACUACUCCCCCCACGGGAACGAAGUUGGGGGUUUUGUGAGUUCGCGUGUUACCUGUGCACGCGAGUAAUGGUGAGAGGUUUGUGACAUGGUGCAACCGCUGCUGCUGCAGAUGGAAAAACGAUGGUUGGCGAGCGACAGUAACGAAUGCGAAAAGCAUUCUCUUUGAUGCUGCUCAUACAAUCUUAUUCGCACCCCCGACACCAUAACGGCCAAUUGAAGUUGUGUAAGUAUGGAAUAGCGCGAGUUGAACGGGGAGCUAAUUGAUACCUUAUUUGUUCCGUUUCUUGUUCUGCAAUUUUUCAAAGUACAAUAUGAUAUGACAAUGUUUCCGUUUGUGUAGCGUGAGCGUCACAACAACAAAAAAAAAUGGGCGCCAUGGACAAGAUAAGAUGCGAGUCGCUCGUACGUUUGUUGCAAACAAACAGCAUUAAAAAUUAAUUAAAUCAAUGAUGAAACUCCCUCCAAAGAUCCCCGCCCGCAUGUUAGGAAGCCUUUUCAACGAGACAUGUAACGUAUGGUGGUGAAUUAGUGUUACGAUAGCUACCCGAGCGUUAAUAUGUAAGUGCAAAAAUUCCAUUGUUUGAACGGCACUUGUGUGUUACCAAUUCCGCCUACUAUAUUGCUGGUGUUUAUUCACUGAAGAUCGCUGCUAAUUUGCUCCCUUAAAGCUGGUACUUCCUUCAGAAGCGUAUGAAAAUACAUGAAUGGGUUCGUCUGUGCUUUUACACCCUUCACACUUCCAUCUGCCAAGAGAGGAAGCGAACGAUGCAACUUUAAUGUAUUAUCCCGUUGCAUCGUUUAAAUAAGCACUACAAAAGGAUCGGAAAUUAAAGAUCCUUAUCGCAAACCAUUGCUUAAAUAGGAAUAAAAAUUGCAAGCACUGGCAAUGCUGGACGGAUGCUGUGUUUUUGGCGCGAUAAAUUCCGAUAACCAUCCGCACAUAAAUUGAAGUUGAAUAAGUUCGGAGGGAAUUUCUCCGAAUGGCGGUGUUCCCAAAAGUCACUUUGUCGAUUACAUGAUCUUGACGAAACUCGGCCAAAAUAAAACAACUACAUUUCGCCUGGCCCUUGUCUGCCGUUUCCUCGGAGAAUUCCCGUUUGCCAUCGAACCAAUAACUUUCGUUGUGUCUCCAAAGGCCAUCCGGGGGUCUGCUAUCCGUUCGGUCCGGUUAGUAUUUUAUGUUGAGGAUUGGGGACCGUAUCGUACGUUUGGUGAAGAAUGCUCCUCAAGCGAAAAAGCCUCCUGUGCACGCACCUCCUUCAGCAAUGGGACUUUCAGUAUGGCGAGAUCUCCAGAUUUUAAGCUCUUUUCUAUCAAUGCACAGAACGGCAGAUUGGUAAAGAGGAUAACAGUUUGUUCAAGUAAAGGUCACAAGUGACUGAAGCCCGGAACUAGAUGCUUGUAGAUGAAAGUGUGACACAAAAAAGCAAUGAUUUCAUUGCAUUUAAGAGCGCGUACUACAAGUCAAAGGGAAGGUUAGCAGAACGAUCGUUCUGGGAACGCUGUUCAUGCUCUUCCACCUAGCGGACAGCAAUUGAACACGAACGCAUCCACCAUCAGGUAAAGUGCAAAAAUGAGUUACGCGGACGGGAAGCUCGAAUUUUGUUUGCAAACGAUAAGAAGAUGCGAGUUUUAGAAGCGGUUUUGGAAACGGUACGUAAUGGAACAUUUUGUUCGUUCGUCUGGCAAAUGUUUGUGUUUAAUCGUAACCUAAAUGUUAUUUUACACGUUCAUCGUCGAUGUGUCCGAUGUACCGUGAGAUGUGCGGUCCUGUGUUGUGGUGUGGUGGACAAAAUGUGCCAAUAUAUUUUGAAUCUCAUUGAACGAAGUAGCUACAUUUGAUGCAUAUAUUAGGGUAAGAAAGUUAAUUUUGCGCAACAGCGUAAUAUGCGAGGUGAUUGGGGUGUGAUGUAAGAAAGCGCACAGAAUGUGGGAGAAACAUUACCCAGCAUGUAAUAAUUUCGAAAAAAGAGAAAGCAUAGACAAAAGGCUAACAAAAACUAAGCAAAAUUCAUUGAUAUCUUAAUACAACCAAAAAAAAACAUAAAUACGACUUUUUCUCAAGCUACCAAAAUCUUAGCUAAAAUACCAGUUACUUGACAAUGAGUGAAAAAAAAACGAACUAAUAACAUACAUCAAGAGAAUGAUAAAAUUACUUACAAAUUUCCAACUUUAUUACAAAACAAA